UAAAAUAUUUGUAAAAAAAAAAAGAAUUUUUUUAAAAAUAUUUAUCAGUCACAUGCUCAUCAGGACUAAAGUUCCUUUUAUUUUCUUUUAACUUGACCGAAUUCACAGACCGGCCGAUUUGAUCGUAACAAUUGAAAAAUAGAGCUAAUUCUUAUGGAAUCAUUAGUAAAAAAAUAUCCGAUUUCUGAUGUUAUUUUGGGUAAUCUUUGAAAUAUGAUGGCUACUGAACAGUCCACUGAAGAAGUCAAAAGAUACAGAUAUCAUGAUAUUCAUAAGACAUUUACUCCACGAAGCUACCAGAUUGAAAUUUUGGAAGCUGCAAAAAAAGGGAAUGUUAUUGCUUGUAUGGGUACUGGAACCGGGAAAACAUUUAUAGCAGUUUUGCUUAUUCAAGAAAAUGCUGAUGAAGUUCGUCUGCCCUUUUCCAAAGGAGGGAAAAGAAUAUUUUUUCUAGUACCAACAGUUCCCUUGGUGCUGCAACAAAAGAAGGCCAUACAGAAUCAUACAGACCUGAAAGUUAAAGGCUACCACAGUGAAGUACGUGUAAAUUCAUGGGAGAAAGAAUUAAAAAGUACUGAAGUACUAGUAAUGACUGCAGAGAUAUUUCGGAUGAUAAUUGAUCAUGCUUUUAUUCCAUUAAAUAAAAUUAAAUUACUAAUUAUUGAUGAAUGUCACCUGGCACAAAAGGAACAUCCAUAUAAGCAAAUAAUGGAACGCUUUAUGAAUAUAAAGUCUUCUGAAAUGCCAAAAAUUUUUGGUUUAAGUGCAUCACUGUUGAAAGGAAAAGUUAAACCUGUGCAGUUAGAGACAAGUAUGCAGGAAUUGGAAAAAGUUCUUAGAAGUAUUAUUAUUACUGCUAGAGAUAUAAACGACUUUAAGGUGUAUGGAACAGAUCCAAAAGAAAUAUCUGUGUAUUAUCAGGUGUUAGAAUUUACAAGUUCAGAUCUCAGAACUGAAAUUCUGAAUUUUUCAAGCCAGCUUAAACUUGAAAAAUCAGAAUUUGAUAGAAAUGAUGAAUUUUUUUCAAAAAAUGAGAUAUUUUUUGAUAAACCGUUACGUUGUUUGAAGUCUUUACUUGCCAUAUUAGAAAAUUUAGGUCUUUGGGGUGCACAUACUGCAGCCAAGAUUUACUUGAAAGAUGUUAUCUUUAUGCGUGAUCAUCCAUUUUCAGAUAAGUGUCAGAAUAUUCUUAAAAAGGUGCAGAAAUUUCUUAUAAAAUUGAUUAAAAAAUGCCAAAUUUUAUUACGGGAAAAUGGAAGUCAUGUAACACAUAAACUAAAAACAUUACAGGCAAUAUUUUUGUCCAUAAAACAAAGAAAUCUUAACGAGACAUCUUCUAUUUCUGAUACUACAUUUGAAUGUGAUAUUGAAAAAUAUUUCCCCAAUAUCGAACAACUACGUGAAUAUUUAAGCGUUUCAGACAUAAAUAUGUGUUCUAUUGUUUUUGUAGAACAAAAAAUAACUGCUUAUGUUUUAUAUAAAUGGUUGAUUGAUAUGAAGAAAAAAAUUCCUUCUCUUGCAUUUUUAAAGCCUGAAUUCAUUGUUGGUCAUGGUAGGACUGAUUUAAGUGAAACCACAAUGUCACUGAGGAAGCAGAAAAAAAUUCUCUCUCGGUUUCGCCAAAAGAAAUGCAAUUUACUGAUUGCAACUAGCAUUUUGGAAGAAGGAGUGGACAUUCAGCAGUGCAAUUUAGUAAUUCGUUUUGAUUUGCCUUUAGAUUUUCGUUCAUAUAUUCAGUCAAAAGGAAGAGCCAGAGCUAAAAAUUCCAUGUAUAUUUUGAUGGUACCUAAACAUCCUGCUACUGUUUCAGAAUUUUUACAGAAUAUGUCUGAUUUUAAAACUAUAGAAAAGAUGCUGCUAGAAAGAUGUCACAAUCGUAUAAUGCCAAGUGAAGAAGAAAUUUCAGAUCAUAUGGCUGAUGGUUUGAUUUCUGCUUAUAUGCCUUAUGGUCCUCAAGGUCCACGUGUCACAAUGUCUUCUUCCAUAUCUUUAAUAAAUAGAUAUUGUGCAAAUUUACCAUCAGACAUUGCUACCAAGUCAGAACCACAUUGGGAUAUAAAAGUUGUGGAUCCUGAUUCUAAUGAGAUUCAAUAUGUGUGCAUGUUACAUCUGCAAAUAAAUUCAUCUUUAAAACAAACCAUUAUUGGUGAAAAUAUGAAACAAAAGAGGUUAGCAAAGAUGUCUGCAGCUUUGAAAGCAUGCAAGUUGUUGCAUGAGAUUGGUGAAUUAGAUGAACAUUUAAUGCCUGUAAGUUGUUCAGUAGACAAAGCAUUAGUUGAAGAAUUAGGUCUCAUUAAAAAAAAUAUUGAUGAAAUUCUACCUGAAAAAAACAGGAGGAGACAACCACAUGACAAACACGUGCCAAUAUUUCUGAAAAAUGCAAGACCAGCGUCAGGGAUUCCUUGCUAUUUGCACGUUUUUGAGAUGGAUCUUAUUGAGCCUUUGCCAAAGUGUCUAAACCCUCAAAACAGGCCACUGUUUAAUCCAAUGACUAUAUCGAAAAGUGUUGCUUUGUUAAUAUCCAAGAUUUUGCCUCCUGUUAACCCAUUUCCCAUUUUUACAAAGUCUGGAAAGAUCUUGGUUAAAGUAAAUGCGCUCAAAAAUACAGUUAUCUUAAGUGCUGAAGACCUGAAAAAAGUAGAAGAAUUUCAUAAAUUUGUUUUCUCUGAUACUUUAUGGCUAAAUAAAAAUAAGAAUUUUUCUCCUGCCUGCUCUGAGUUUUCAGCCUACAUUGUUCCUGUUAAUAAAGUUGAGACAGCUAAUUAUGACAUUGAUUGGUCUUUCAUUGAUGCCACUAAAGCUCAUCCAUAUAAUGAUCAGAAGUACAAGACUUUGGCUGUAAAAAGAACUCAUUUUGAUGAGGAAUUAUUUAAGGAUUCUGUUUUGAUUCCUAUUUAUAAGAUUUCUGAGUGGGAAAAUGCUUGCCCAAGUUUUCAUCAUGUUAUAAAUAUUGUAUACAAUAUGUCACCUGAAAGCAAGCUGGAUGAAUCAACUGUUAUCACGUUUAAAGACUAUUAUAAAGCUAAAUAUAAUAUUCAAAUAUUAAAUGAUAAGCAGCCAUUAGUAGAAACAGUACAAAGUGGUGUUGGUAAUUUUUGGAAGCCACUCUAUGUUUCUUUGAAAGAUACUUACGAAGAUGUACCAAAAGUGAGAAGUAAACAAAACCAUAAGUGUCACAAUGAAUAUCUAGUUCCUGAGCUAUGUAUAAUACAUCCAUUUCCUUCUUCAUUCUUUAAUAAAGUUAUUUAUUUACCAACUAUGUUAUUUAGACUACAGUGUCUUUUACAAGCAGAGGAAAUCAGGCAGAAUGUUGCUAGUGAAGCAAGUGUUGGAUCAUUACACUUAAAACAUAUCUGGCCAGAUUUCAAUUUAGAAAAAAGUGAUAAAGUACUGAAAGAAAAAUUAUUUAAAAAAGGCCAUAUUAAAGUAUAUGCUGAUAGAAAUGACUUUGUACCUAGCGAUGUAAUCAAAAUGCAUGAAAAAAUUAUGAGUUUUGAAGCAAAAGUUGAAUUGUUAGAUCAUCCUGGGCCCAGUCCUAGUUUAAUCCUCCAAGCAUUAACAUCAAAAAGUGCUGCAGAUGAGUUUGAUUCAGAAUGCCUAAAAAUGAUAGGUAACUCAUUUCUCAAAUAUGUUAUGUCUGUCAAAACAUAUCAUAAAUAUCCUAAUUUUGAUGCUGGAAAGCUGUAUACCUUAAGAAGUGGCCUAACUAAAACACGUAGCUUAUGUCAUGCAGCUAAGGAGAAAAAUUUAGAAAUAUGGAUAUUAUCAUGAAGAAGUUAACUUUUCAGAGUUAGAAAGGGAUGAAGUUCCCCAAGUUUUAAUUGAUGUUUUUGAAUCAGUAGCUGGUGCUAUUUAUCUUGAUAGUGGGUCAUCUCUUGAUACUGUUUGGAAAGUCUAUUAUCCAAUGAUUGGAUCAGCUAUGAAUUUUUUAAGAGAGCAUAUUCAAAGUUACACAUAA